AUGGUUUGGUAAAUAAAAUAAGAUAGAAUUUCAAAAGGAGAAACUAAAAUCAAAUAUAAUAAAUAAAUUAAUAAUUAAAAUAUCUUGAAUAAACAACUAACUUUUAAUCAAAUCAAAAGUAAAUAUAAUUAAUUAUUAUAGCAUACAAAAUUAAUAAAGAAAGAAAUGGCCGAUCCAGUUACAGGUAUCAUCGUUGGUUCUUGCAUUUUCAUAUUCCUUGGUAUAGUAGCUUACUGUGUUAUAGAUAAUUAUGUUAAAAAGUCUUUCCACUCUAAUGCUCCCAAAUUAAACUCUGAAAGAACUUUAUACUAUGAAAAUAGAGGAACUGUUAUUGUUUCAGUGAUUAUCUCUGUUAUUGGUAUGUGGUUAUUAUGGGUUUGUUGCUACAUGCAUCAAAUGUAUCCUUUAAUCACCCCUGUUCCUCAUAGCCAUUGA